GUGACAAGUAUUCUUAAAAAAAGCUUUAAUAAAUUUAAAUAAUUAAUACAACAAAAACAAAACAAUUAAAUUUACUUAUUAUUUAAAAACAAAUAGAAAAAAAAAAACAAUGAUUUUUGGAAUUUUAAUUCUUAUAUUAUUAGCCAUAUUGGCGUAUAUUUAUUAUACAUUACGUAAGCGUUACAAUUAUUGGCAAUCGGUGGGCAUAGCCUGUGAAAAGCCUACAUUUGUACUGGGCAAUAUUACCGGCACCGGCUCGAGACGUUCUUUUGCCGAAAUCUGGCAGACAUUUUAUGAUAAAUAUAAAAAUACUGGACCAUUUGCGGGAUUUUAUUGGUUUUUCAAACCAGCAGCCUUUGUAUUCGAUCCGGCACUUUUAAAAUUGAUUUUAAUAAAAGAUUUCUCCAAAUUUGUGGAUCGUGGUAUAUUUGUAAAUGAGAAAGAUGAUCCGUUGUCGGGUAAUCUGUUCAAUUUGGAGGGUAAUAAAUGGCGUCAUAUGCGCACUAAAUUAUCACCCACUUUUACAUCGGGCAAAAUGAAAAUCAUGUUCCCCAUUAUAACCGAUAUAAGUAAAGAAUUUGUAAAGGUUUUCGAUAAUGCGGUAAAAGAGAGUGAAGUGUUGGAGGUAAGUGAUUUAAUGGCACGUUUUACCACCGAUGUUAUAGGCACUUGUGCCUUUGGCUUGGAAAUAAGCAGUUUAAAAGAUCCCAAUAAUAAGUUUCGAAUGAUGGGCCGUAAAUCACUGCUAGAACAACGUUAUGGCAAUUUGGGUAUAGCUUUUCGCAACAGUUUUCCCAAUUUGGCUAGAAAAUUGCAUAUGAAAGAUACUCUACAAGAUGUCGAGGACUUUUUCAUGGGUAUUGUUAAGGAAACGGUGCGCUAUAGAGAGGAGAAUAAUAUAAAACGUAAUGAUUUUAUGAACAUGUUAAUCGAAAUGAAAAAUAAUAAAUUAAUGAAAUCGGAAACGGGUGAGGAGAUGACUACUCUCUCCAUAGAGGAAGUGGCGGCUCAAGCUUUUGUAUUUUUGGUGGCUGGUUUUGAGACUUCUUCCACUACCAUGGGUUUUGCUCUAUACGAAUUGGCUCAACGUCAGGAAAUACAGCAAAGAGCACGAGAAGAAAUUAUAGAAGUUUUAGAGAAACAUAAUCAGGAAUUCAGCUAUGAAGCUAUGAAGGAAAUGGUGUAUUUAGAACAAGUUUUAUUAGAAACUUUACGUUUACAUGCUAUUGUACCCAUAUUGAAUCGCUAUGCUGAAGAAGACUAUCCAGUACCGGGUCAUCCUAAUUUUGUCAUCAAAAAAGGCAUGUUGGUGUUAAUACCAGCUGCUGCCAUUCAUCGUGAUGAACGUUACUAUCCCAAUCCUAAUGAAUUUAAUCCCGAUCAUUUUACUCCCGAAAAGGUAGCUCAACGUGAUUCAGUUUUAUAUAUACCUUUCGGUGAUGGUCCUCGCAUAUGUAUUGGUAUGCGUUUUGGUAAAAUGCAGGCAUUAGUAGGUCUGGCGGUUCUCUUGAAAAAUUUCAAAUUUUCAGUAUGUGAUAAGACGCAAAUUCCUCUUAAAUAUGAUAAGAAGAACUUUUUAUUAAGUGCUGAGAAGGGGGUGUAUUUAAAAGUCACUAAACUUUAAACAAAGAUUAAGAAAAAAACAUAACAAAGAGCUAGAUUUAAAAAAAUCAUAUUAUUUUUUUUGUAUUAUUAUUAUUUUUUAUUUGUACAUAUUAACAUAUUAUUAAUUUAAUUUGCCAUACACUUUGUAUUA